GAUGGAGAGGAGCUAUCGAACAGCGACGGAAGGCUAUCCCUACCACCCUGACAAGGUGGAUCGCCAGCACCAAGCACCUGAUCACUCGCCACAGGUUCUUGCGCACCCUACCCAAUUGUUGAACAAUGGUCGCUUUUCAACAGGCCUCUACGACAACCGAGUGCAUUCCUCAUCCUCUCUCUCCUCUCAGUCGAGAACUGGUCAUAAUGGCCACCGCUUGCACGGCCAUUAUAAUCCAUUAUGCAGCGGGACAGAUCACCCAACAGGCUUGGGGAGGGGAUUGGAUUCAUACAGCUUGAGAUCCCGUUACAUGGAUGCCCAGCCUCAUUCCCAAGAUUGCAUGGAAACGUCUGCAACAGGGAGAGAUUAUCAGCUGGGUAUUUCUUCUUACACAAAUGAAAUCUUACCGUUCACCACUCGGUUGGGAAAGAGUGCCGCGAGGCAGGUUUUACAAUUUGAUGCGAGCCUUCAACCUCCUCCUCCAAAGGCCAACCUUCUGCCUGAGAGUGGAUGGGGUAUCCCUUCUCGAACUUCACAAGGACCUAGCAGGACUUCAGGCCACUCCGUCACAAGAAUGCAGCCUUUAGAUGGCAGGCAUUUUCGCAACUCUUUCGCAUCCUCGACCGAUCAAGAGCUUCCCAGACCUCAUUCCAGUCAAUCUGGCCUGUUACUGACAGCUCACAGCGAGGCCCUGCUUCCAUCUACUAUGCAAAUUGGUCCAUUGAACAGUCUUCUGAACAAUCACACAUCGUCGCCGCUCAUGAACUGUUGCACCUACAAAAACUAUCUGCCUUCAGCAGAAGCCCAUGAAAGGGUGCCAAGGGCUCGAGCCACAGACCAUCAUGAAGGCGGAGACGAUGACGACGCGGAUGAUGAAAGUGAUGGUCAUGCCCUCCCGAGGAACAAGAGAGGAACAAGGGCGCCAAUUGCGCACCAAGGCUGCAACAAUGUGACAUCAAGUCCAGAGGCCCAAGGACCAUGUCAAGGGCAACUUGCGCUACUCAGAAACCUCAGAAAGCUGGUCGACCAAAUUAUAGAACGUGUGGACACCCAGAUCACUGAUCUUUACAAGUCCGAGGAUGAACAACCUGGUGGCCUUGCAGGAGAAGGCGGCGAUGUUAGGAGAUGGACGAAUGCUCAAAACCUUGAAAAGGAGCAGAUAUG